GUGGCCCGGCCGGGCAGCGACGGGGACGCGCCUGCGCAGAGGCGACCGCACGACCAGGGCGGACUCCGGGGGCGCGGCGAGGAGAGACAUGAAACUGAGCUGGGUGCUGGCAGUUGUGUCCGUCUGCCUGGGUGCUCUGGCCACGGCCACGGCGGCCGAAGGCAAACGCAAGCUGCAGAUCGGGGUCAAGAAGCGCGUGGACCACUGUCCCAUUAAGUCGCGGAAAGGCGACGUGCUGCACAUGCACUACACGGGGAAGCUGGAGGAUGGGACGGAGUUUGACAGCAGCCUGCCCCAGAACCAGCCCUUCGUCUUCUCCCUGGGCACCGGCCAGGUCAUCAAGGGCUGGGACCAGGGGCUGCUAGGGAUGUGUGAGGGGGAGAAGCGGAAGUUGGUGAUCCCCUCGGAGCUGGGGUACGGGGAGCGGGGAGCCCCUCCCAAGAUCCCAGGGGGUGCGACCCUGGUGUUCGAGGUGGAACUGCUCAAGAUCGAGCGGCGGGCGGAGCUGUAGCAGGACCGACAGGGCGGACUGGGGGAGAGGGACUAACAGGGACCAGACUGGUGAAGAAAAACAAAAACAAACAAAAAAAAACCCUUGAAACCUCCA